AUGCGUAUGGCUGUAUUAGCUGGUUUUGGUUGGACAAUUGGUUUUAUUUUAUUUGCUUUACCUGAUAGUCCAACAGCUUUUCAACAUGUCCUUGUUACAAUAUUUAAAUAUUUAUUAAUUCAUCUUAAUGCAACACCGAGCUUAUUUAUUUCUGUUGUUUAUGAGUAUUUCGUCAAAACAAAUCGACAAGAUACACCAGUGAGUAUGGUAAUAACAAUUGGUUCAUUGAAACCUUCGAAUCGAAUAACAUUACGACGACCAUUUUCAGAAACACAACAUCAAUCAGUAACCGAAAUACAAACAAUUUAA